GAUGUUUCAUCACCUGUUGGGUGAUGCCCUGCAUGUUUCUCAUGUGCUUCCCUCCUGUAGGGGCAACUUUGCAAGGAGGAAAUUGAUGCUUCUACCAGAAAAGCAAUGGGAGAGCAGCUCAUGAGUCAUAUUUGUGUAAACUAAAGCAAUCAGAUAGGAGCACCAAACAUGGCUAUCUCCAACGUCACUGCUGGAGGUGGCAUGGUUUGCUUCUUCACUGCCAGUGACAUUCUAAAGCUGCAGAGAUUCCAUUCAACAGAAAGGGCUUUCAGAAAGAGUUACGCCAUACAAUUAGUCAUCCCCAUGCAGUGCAAUGAACAGCAGCUCAAGAUUUUCCACAGUAAAAAAGGGAUGGAACAAGGCCUGGAAAAAGACUGAAGGGUUCCGUUCUGGUGGAGGAAAAAAUCAGCUGCGGCCACAAUCCUAUGCAUGCCUACUUAAAAGAGAGUCAGGAUGCUUCCACCUGGAAAAUUUUUGCCAGCUUUCUCUGGUCUUCUGGCAAAUAAUUACACAAGAAACUUGUCACAGGAAGCUCUGAUAACAUGCCAUAUCUGCUUGAUGGUUGGAGAUAUGGAGGCCAUGUGCAACAAAAGAAUACAUCCAGGAUCCCAUCAGAGCCACACAGCAGUAUUUUCCAUCAACAGGAACUGACUGAGACUGAUUUAGUCUUCAAAGCUUCAGUCAUCUUGUUUACCAAAGACUUGACACCCUUUCCAUCACUGGAACCAUUAGGAGAAUCACCCUGUAAAAGCAACAGCUCUGGUUAUUAAGCUAAAACUAUCAGGGACAUUAAAAGAGAGAGGAUGAGAGAGGUAUGCUGCAACUCUACCUAUGCUUACUCAGAUGUAAAUCCUACUGAAUUAAUAGUAAUUGCUGCCAAACCUAAACCUACUGACCCCUUGCUGUUGAUUUGCUUGAAGAAUCUCUGAUACAGAAACUGCUAGACACAAAGCUUGGCUCAAGUCUGAAUCAUCAUCUUUGAGGCCCAACAGGCUGCUGCCAAAUAGACUGUGGUUGUCCUGUGAUGGUCUGCACAAAAAGGCAAAUAUAAUCAGCCUGACCUGCAAAAGUCCUGUGCUGUGACGACAUGGCCAUUACUUCUCCAUCUUACCAAGUGCCUGCCAACACAGAAACUUCUGGUGAUGAAUCCUUUAAAGAAGAUGGUAGCGAAAGCAAAACAAUUCAGCAGUGUGUGCACCGAAAACCCGUUACUCCAAAGAAAAGAAAACAUCCUACAGAAUGCAUCCUCACUGCAGAGAAAGAGGAGCCUAAGGAUAACAUUGACUCUGAAAUGAAGCCAAAGAGGAGAAGAAAAAAGAAAAUAUCUGAUAUGCUUGCUAAGUCAUCUCCAAAACCAGGAUCCCCUGAAGACUUACAACAACUUCUUAAGGAUCACUUCGGUGCUAAACGUUCAGUGAUUGAACUAGAAGAAUUAAAAUUGCCAGAUGCCUGUUUCCUCCCUGCCAAUGACCUCACCCACAGCUUUUCUUCCUACCUGAAAGAGAUCUGCCCCAAGUGGGCGAAGCUUCGUAAAAACCACACAGAGAAGUCGUCAGUGGUGAUGCUAGUAAUCUGCAGCUCUGCCCUUCGCUGCCUGGAACUCAUCAAGUCAAUAACAGCAUUCAAAGGAGAUGGAAAGAUAAUGAAAUUGUUUGCGAAACACAUAAAGAUUCAAGAACAGAUGAAGAUGCUGGAGAAAAGUGUUAUUCACGUGGGAGUUGGAACACCUGGAAGGAUAAAAGCCCUUGUGGAGCAAGAUGGUCUUAACCUGACACCUUUGAAGUAUCUCAUCUUAGACUGGAAUUGGAGAGAUCAGAAGUUAAGAAGAUUAGUUGACAUCCCUGAGAUAAGGAAAGAAACAAUUGAACUACUAGAACUGGGACUGAUCAAACUGUGCAGAGAGGGCUCUGUAAAGCUGGGACUCUUUUAAUAAUAAUUUUUCUAGCUGAAUUCAAGUCACCCUGUACUCUGUCUCCUCUGGCUAAACUGAGGUUGCUUUUCCAUUUUGAAAAGCACGUACCAAAAAUACAUUUUGGAUCCUUUUGUCAUGCUUAAUUCUUCUCCAAUAAAGAACCCUUUUGCAUCACGUCCUCUGCUGAACAGUUGCAUAGAUUGAAAUGAAACAGAAGAUCUCGGUGUUUUCCAUGAGCACAGAAGGUAACUGUUGGCUCUUAAAAUGAAUUCAAAAACAUGGAGGAAAAGGAAUGAGAGCUGGCUUAACUAGGGGUCAGAGGGCCAGUUAUACACACAGUACUGCCAACUCGUUGCCAUCUUUCCUACCCUCCUGACACUUGCUGCAAAAGGUUACCAACUUACUCUGCCUAAAUAGGACUUUUCCUGGUGAAUUUGUGUUUAUGAACUUUGAUGUAUCAAAUGUUCCUUCACUGCACUUUUAAAAAAGACACUUUUACCCUGUCCUCAGGGAGUACAUGAUGCUUAAUUUGAUAAUAAAAAAAAUUAAUUCCAUCCACAGGAUUUUCAAAGACCUGCUGCUUUGCAGAUGAUUCAUCAUUUAAAACAAACAGAAUUCUUUCUAAAGCUAAAGAUAGUGGUAACUUUAUGAAGCAAGGUCAGGCCUGUUUGCUCUAUGUCUACAAACUGAGGGGUUUCUUCAAGGCUUUCAAUACCUCCCUGUUCUGUGUGGGUUGUGCUGUUUUGUCUACUUAAGCAAUUCAGCUUCAGAACCAGAACAUACAAGAAUGGGAGGAGUGAUGGUGUUUUCUUGACAGUGACAUUGCACUAAGUAUGAUGAUGAAAUGCAGUCUAGCCACAACUCUCAUCUGCCAUUAGCUAUUGAGUGGGAAAUCUUUUAUUCAUUUCGUGAAAAGGAAAUGUCAGUACUUAUAUAAGAAAUGACGUUCAGCAAAGCAGGAGCUAUGAAGAGGGGAGUCUGGCAACUACUGUUUCAAUGAAGCUUUUAUUCGGAGCUUCAUAAAAGCUUUCUGCAGUAUCAGUCUCCAUCAACGUACAUUUCACCUCCAUGGAUUGAUGGCCAGUGGGGUGCAGUAGUUAAGAUGCUGGACAGGGACUUAGAAGAUCGGGCUUCCAGUCCCACUUGCCAUGAAGCUCACCCAAUGAUGUGCCAGUCACAGGCUCUCAGCUUCACUUAUUUAAAAGGUUCGUGAAGAUAAAAUGGGGAGGAGCAUGAUGAUGUGAACCCACUUGGGUUCAUAAGAGUAGAGAGAGUGGGAUGUCAGUAUAUUAAUAUUAAAGCUGGAUGAGGGGCCUCACUGAUGUAGAGUCACCAGCCUCACCACUACCCUCAAUCUACAAUCCACACACAUUAUACUACAUUAUUCCUCACAGCUACAGGAUGGGUUUUAUUUGUGGUACUUGAUGGCAUUGGCUUCAGCUGAUCCUUGCUACAUAAAGAGAACUAGUUAAGCAAUUUCUGAAAGAUGCAUAUUUUCAUCUCUCAAUAGAAGACUCAUAUCAACAUUACCUGCAUUUUCCAAAUCAGAGGCAAUGCUUUUUAGUUUUCUGUUCUUCCGUUGCACCUGGCUAUGGUUCUCUGGUCUUUUAAAACAUGAGCUUUACAAUUAAGGCACAUGCUUAGGCCCUGAAUUUAUUCUCAUGCCAAAUCUGAGUUUGUAAUCCUUUCACACAUGUGCCUGCUCCUCGUAUUCUGUAAGCUUUCUCAAAUGCUUAAUUUGGAGGAAUUUCCCCAUGCAUUGUUCUUGCGGUUGAAACCACAGGGAGUCAAAACCUGUUGCUGGUCUACUGCAGAUCACCAAAGGAUCUACUUUCUGCCCAAUCCUGCUCUAUUUGAGGACAUAUUCAGUCCUAGUUUAAAAGAAAAGGCCUAUUUUCUAUUUACAGUUACCAUGUUACUGUGAUCUUCAUAGGCACCAUAUUGGAGACCCCAGUUUAUGCACUGACACCUCUCUUAGUGCCCAGCUUUCCAAUUUUUCUUUCUUGUUUGCACCUUUGUCAGCUGCAAAGUAAUGAAGCUAAGAGGGUUGAAGUGGGACAAACUGAGGGCUAGUGGGAGAGCUGCUGGGCAAUCUUGCACAGGUUGGGAAGGGCAAAGGCUCUUGGACAGGAAUGGGAAAGAAGAAAUGUACAUAAUUCUGUGAUGAAUGAACACAGGAUAAGCAUGACUUUUUCCACACUGUGCAUUUUAUUUCAAAAGGUUUUCACUCAUACAUAAAAACUGCUGUUCAUAUUAUCUAAAUUCUAGCAACAUAUACAAAUACAGAGUGACUACAGAACACGCUGAGGUAAGAAAGUACAUUCUAGGAAAAUAACCAUUCAACAUUAUUUGCAUCCAUCUUACCUGCACUUUAACACUCUCUGCAGACCUUGAAUCAACUUGUGAAAGACAGUACCAAUAGUGGGCCAAAAAUAGUUUUUAAAAGUGACAAAAUAAGUGACAUGAUAGUUGUCUGUGCUCUGUCUUUUACAUUCAGGAAUCAGUAAGUUAGUGCCUAAAAUACAGGGCAAUGAAUUAGGAAAGCUGUUUUCAUCUAAUUGACAUAUAUAGUAUUGGUACAUACAAGUCUUCCCCCUGUGCAAGUUCUUCUUACACUGUUGGAACAUUUGAUGUUUUAAUCUGUGACGUACAGGUGAGAACAGCUUGCUUGUGCAUCUUAGUACACCAGGUCUGGGAGCUUGGGUACAUUGGGCACUUCCAACUGGGUUCUUUGUACCUAUAUUUUACCUGCAAAAUUCCAGUGGCAGGCUCAAUAAGCAGCUCUAUAGUGGCUUUUUUUGGGAGGUGUCAUGCAUGUAGACUUGUUAGUUUUAUAUGAAACCUCACAUGAACCUAGAUUUUGAUAUCUUUCUUAAACACACACACAUGCCCACACACGCACUCUCACACACAACCUCCCUCCCUGGCACAACAUUCAAGUUAAAACUCUUAAUUUUCUUUCAGAAAAUAGCCACCAUAUGCUUACAAUCUGAGCAGACAAUACCCUUCUAAGGAGCAGAAUUUGCAGUAUUGUCAAGCUUAAGAUUCUUCUAGGCCACCAAGCAUUUGGAAUUAAGCUGACAUUUUUAGUUUUUGCUAUGCAUUUUAUAAUUUUUCAAUAUUAUUUAGAUGUAUUUUAUCUGGUACACUGUGUUGUGAAUAUAUAUUGAAAACUUAUUUGUAAUUUUUAUUUUUUUAAAUUGUGGUACAAAUAAAAUUACUUGUGUGGCCUACACAAUGAAAUCUAAUAGCACAAUUCAGGUUUUUGAAGAAUUAGAUAUCUGAUUCCAAUCAUUAAGCAACAUUGCAGCCAAGGUACUUUGAGAUGACUCUUAGCUGUGCAAAAUACAGGCAGCAUCAUCUGAAAGUACAAGCUGCAACCUUUUUUUUCUUCUUCCACAAAUGAAUCUCCUUUUGAUCAAAAUAGGAAAACUAACUUUGUUAAAAGAACAUGCUAUCAUGAGCACUGGAAAGCUUAUAAGAGUGUGAUACUUCUAAGAGAUGCAGAUUUGUAAGAGUAGGGUCUAAUGAAUCUAGUGAUAUUAACAAGAUAGGUAGGUAUGGACAGAGCAUACUUCUUGAGUCCAAUCUGCAGAUAUUUACCCUUUUAUCAGUUGGAUCAACAAAGCAAGACUGUACAAGCUAGCCCACAGAACAGAGUCUACAUAUACACAUUUUGUUAGGCCACACAUCUGGCCUUGGUGUACCGCAAUUACGGAAUAAAAAUAAGUUAGGCAUCAUUUUUAUAAAUAAAAAAAAACAAUAGAAAUGGAACAAGGCACAAGAGCAAACUAGUAUUCGAUAGUAUUGAAGUAAAAGUGUUGGGCUCAGGAAUACUUACAUUUACCAGCUGUGAUUGUCAUGAUUAACCUUACCCGCUAACUAGACUGAGAUAUUGUGCAUUCAACAAUACAGAAAAGCAAGAAUGCAUAACACUGUUUUGAAUUAUGCUUUCAUUAAGUCCAUAAAACUGGGCUAUUGCUAAUAAAGGAAUCUCACAUAUAUCUAA